AUGACAACUUUCAAGUUCGGCCCUCAUUUAAUACACGAGUCGCAAAUUUUCUUCAAAUCUAAGUUGACCGUGGGCAUUGUUAAUUUGAAACCAAUAGCAGCGGGACAUGUGCUCGUUGUGCCUAAAAGAAAUACACCGCGUUUAGGUGAUUUGAGUACAGAAGAAACAGUGGAUUUAAUGCUAUCAGCUCGAAAAAUAGGCAACGUCGUUGAAAACCACUACAACUGUACCUCUCUUACUAUGACAAUACAGGACGGACCACAAGCAGGGCAAACGGUCCCACAUGUUCAUAUGCAUAUUAUUCCUCGUAAAAAAGGCGAUUGGGAGAAUAAUGAUGACAUUUACCAGGAACUUGAGGAUAGCAAAAAGAGUAAAGGUGUAGAUAAUGAGGAAAGAGAGCCCCGUUCAUUAGAAGAAAUGAGUCAAGAAGCAAAAGAGCUUAGAGCAUACUUUCAAUAUGAAUAA